AUGAACUCAGUUUCUAAUUGGGUUUUGUUCAUCUGCUUGUCGGUGUUUGUUGAAUGUGUGCUGGUGCAAUGUCGUGUGACAUAUGAUAGAAAGGCUAUAGUUAUCAAUGGGCAAAGAAGAAUUCUCAUUUCUGGUUCCAUACAUUACCCAAGAAGCACUCCUGAGAUGUGGGAAGAUCUGAUAAACAAGGCUAAAGAAGGAGGCGUAGAUGUGAUUGAAACUUAUGUAUUUUGGAACGUUCAUGAGCCUUCUCCUGGCAAUUACAAUUUUGAAGGGAAAUAUGAUAUUGUGAGGUUCAUAAAGACCAUCCAGAAAGCAGGGCUAUAUGCUCAUCUUCGAAUUGGGCCUUAUGUUUGUGCUGAGUGGAAUUUUGGAGGAUUUCCUGUUUGGCUGAAAUAUGUACCAGGAAUUAGCUUCAGGACAGACAAUGAGCCUUUCAAGAUGGCUAUGAAAGGGUUCACUGAGAAAAUUGUCAGUCUGAUGAAGAGCAAAAAUCUAUUUGAGUCUCAGGGUGGCCCCAUUAUACUCUCCCAGAUUGAGAAUGAGUAUGGGUCGCAAGCGAAGGCUCUUGGUGCUCCUGGCCAUCAUUACAUGACUUGGGCUGCAAACAUGGCAGUCGGAUUGGAUACUGGGGUGCCAUGGGUGAUGUGCAAGGAAGAUGAUGCCCCAGAUCCUGUGAUUAACACAUGCAAUGGCUUCUACUGUGACUCGUUCUCCCCCAACAAACCAUAUAAACCCAUAAUUUGGACUGAGGCUUGGAGUGGUUGGUUCACAGAGUUUGGUGGUCCAAUUCAUCAGAGGCCAGUUCAGGAUUUAGCAUUUGCUGUGGCUAGGUUCAUACAAAAGGGAGGCUCAUUUGUUAACUAUUACAUGUAUCAUGGAGGCACCAAUUUCGGUCGCUCUGCUGGAGGCCCCUUCAUUGCUACAAGCUAUGAUUAUGAUGCUCCACUUGAUGAAUAUGGUUUGAUUCGGCAACCAAAAUAUGGGCACUUGAAAGAGCUCCACAGAUCUAUUAAACUGUGCGAGCAAGCUCUAGUUUCAGCUGAUCCUACUGUGACAUCUUUAGGAAGCCUUCAACAGGCUCAUGUAUACUCUGCAGAAUCAGGAGGUUGUGCAGCAUUUCUUGCAAAUUACGAUACAAAAUCUGCAGUGAGAGUGUUGUUCAAUAACAUGCACUACAAUCUUCCUCCAUGGUCGAUCAGUAUCCUUCCCGACUGCAGGAACGUAGUCUUCAAUACAGCCAAAGUUGGGGUUCAAACAUCACAAAUGGAAAUGCUACCAAGUAAUGCCGAGAUGUUCUCAUGGGAAACGUUUAACGAAGAUUUGUCUUCUUCUGAAGACAGCUCAUCAUUCUCUGCUCAUGGCCUCUUGGAGCAGAUAAAUGUCACCAGAGAUACUAGUGAUUAUCUAUGGUACAAAACUAGUGUUGAUAUUGGUUCAUCGGAGUCCUUCCUGCAUGGAGGGGAGCUCCCAACACUUAUUGUUCAAUCAACAGGACAUGCUCUGCAUGUUUUUGUCAAUGGACAACUUUCAGGUUCUGCUUUUGGGACCAGGCAAAACAGGAGAUUUGCAUUUAAAGGGAAGGUCAACCUACGUGCUGGAUCAAAUAAAAUUGCAUUACUCAGUGUGGCUGUUGGACUGCCAAAUGUUGGAGGGCAUUACGAGCAAUGGAACACUGGAGUAUUGGGUCCGGUUGCGCUGCAUGGACUCGACCAGGGAAAAUGGGACUUGUCCUGGGCAAAAUGGACCUACCAGGUUGGGCUUAAGGGAGAGGCCAUGAACCUCAACUCUCCAAAUGGUAUCUCUGCAGUUGACUGGAUGCAGGGUUCGCUGAUUGCACAGAAGCAGCAACCUUUAACAUGGCACAAGGCUUAUUUCAAUGCACCUGACGGAGACGAGCCACUUGCUUUGGACAUGAGUGGCAUGGGCAAAGGCCAAGUGUGGGUUAAUGGUCAAAGCCUUGGAAGAUAUUGGACUGCGUAUGCCACUGGAAAUUGCAAUGGAUGUAGUUAUUCAGGGACUUUCCGGCCUCCCAAGUGUCAAUUGGGAUGUGGCCAACCAACUCAGAAAUGGUACCAUUUACCUAGGUCUUGGUUAAAACCAACACAGAAUCUGCUGGUGCUUUUUGAAGAACUCGGGGGAGAUCCCACAAGAAUUACUCUUGUUAAGAGAUCAAUGACCAGUGUUUGUGCAGACGUGGCUGAGUAUCACCCAAACAUUAAGAAUUGGCAAAUUGAAAGUUAUGGCAGAACAGAAGAGUUUCACAAACCCAAAGUUCACCUACGCUGUGGGCCCGGCCAGUCCAUUUCUUCCAUCAAGUUUGCAAGCUUUGGAACUCCUCUUGGAACCUGUGGGACCUUCCAGCAAGGAACUUGCCAUGCUCCUUCCUCAUACACCACCUUAGAAAGGAAGUGCAUUGGGCGACAGAGAUGCACAGUAACCAUAUCAAAUAGUAACUUUGGGCAAGAUCCAUGUCCCAACGUGUUAAAACGGUUAUCAGUAGAAGCAAUAUGUGCCCCUUUGACUUAA